GGAAGGCGCGUCAGUCCAGAGUCAACCGUAGACGGCUGUUCUUACGACGGAUGUGACAAGGCCGUUUUUUCUCUCUGUCUCCUCUCCUUAACGUUCUCUUCUCUCUUUCUCAACGUUUUCCUUUUCCUUUUUUUUUUCUUUCACCUUUUUCCCCGUACCUUACGUCGCGUCAGUACGAGAUCGUUCGUCGUUCGUAUCAAUCGUGAUAACGUUCUUCGUCAAACGUAUCAUCCGUUGAGAUAUUUCGGCGGCAAACGAGAAUAAGGACGAAAAACGCCGCGCAUUCGUGACGAUGAUCGUGAAAAGUGUGACAGUGCGCGAGCUCGGUUAAUAUCAAGCACGCAUUAAGAGAAAAUCACGGAUUUCAAGAGAACCUUUCGUCGUACACGUGAAAAUAAGAAACAAAAAGUACUUAGAAAGAGAGAGAGAGAGAGAGACAGAAAGAGAGGGAGAGAGAGAGAGAGAAAGGGAGAGUAGUUAGAAAAGAAAAUGGCAGAAAGCGGAAAUGACAGGGGCAGUCGUGAAACUCGAGUGUCAUAAGAACGUAGAUCGCGUGGGAUCGAAAGAAAGGGAAGUGGAAGCAAUGAAACUUCUACGUGAAUCGUCGUUUUAUCCACCGCAGCAUCCACCUCCCGUUCUUAUUACUGGACGACCACCAUUCUCCUUGAGUCCUUGUUGCUGCUGUUUCUCUAACCGACUUUCUUUGUCGACCACUUUACGUUGCAUAAAAGGAUAAGAAAGGGUGGAUAAAGAAAAGGAAAGGAAAUAUCUCCAACGAAGCGAUUUAUAUUUUUCUCCCUUUAGCUUUUGUUCUAGACGAUUUUCUUAAACAAGAAAAAUUGAGAUUUUACUUAUUUGAAGAUCGAAAGGAAGAAAGAAAGAAAGAAAGAAAAAAGAAAAGAAAAGAAAAAAGAGAAAACAAAAACUCGGAAGAGGACAAGCGAAGAAGAACAAGUGAAUAUAUAAGAAAAGGAAAUAUAUAGAUAGAAAAAAGAAGGAGAGAGUGAGAGAAAGAUAGAAAUAGAGGUAGAGAGUGGUAAAAGAGAGAGAAUAUAUUGUAAGUGAUAAAAAGAGCACUCGAAGGCGAGUGCAAGCGAGCUGCAUACGCUACGCAGGAUCAAAGUGAAGUGGCCGGUUCUCACUGAGAUGGCCUUCAUGAUGAAGAAGAAGAAGAAGUACGAAUUCUCGGUUGAGGUCGACCUCGAAGAACUCACCGCUGUGCCCUUCGUUAGUGCAGUGCUCUUCGCUAAACUCCGUUUACUCCAUGGGGGUUCUUUCGUUGGUCACUCCACUAGAGAAGAAGUUCAGGAGCAUACAGUCAGGUGGAACGCCAAGUUCGAGUUCUGUUGUAAAAUGAGUGCGAAUGCGUCUACCGGUGUUCUCGAUCCUUGCAUCUUAAGGAUAUCAGUGAGGAAGGAAUUGAAGGGAGGCAGGUCCUUCCAGAGGCUAGGAUUUACCGAUCUGAACCUCGCCGAAUUCGCAGGAGCUGGUCUCUGUCGAAGGAGGUGUCUCCUUGAAGGCUAUGACGCGAGACAUCGCCAGGAUAAUUCUAUGCUGAGAGUAGCUAUUAAGAUGAACAUACGUUCCGGGGAUAUACUUUUUAAAGUACCUUCGCCAUCGUUAAAACAGACUCAACUAGCAGUUCCUGGUGUCCCUGGAGUACCAGGAGUUACAGCCGACGAGGUGACCGUUGAAAGAUGUAGCAACCGAGAAGAUUACGUGUCCAGUGGCUCGUUGGCUGGUAGUAUAGCUAGCGCAAGCAGUGGUUUUGGUAGUCUUCCGAAGAAAAGGCCAGCACUUUUCUCAUCCGAACUACUCAGUGGGACGGAAACGUACGAUCCCAUGACCCUAAGUGAGAUCGUACCUUCGGCACUUCCGGUGGUUGAGGCAUUGACAGAAGCGCACACAGAAUCAGGCCAUUCGAGGAAUAGCAGCAAUACCAGUCAACUGAGCAAGGGAUCGGGAUACGGAUCCCUUAACUCGCACAGUCAGCACAGUAGACAGAGCAGUAGUGGUGACAGUGGCCAUAUUAGGUCACCCUCCUGGCCGGUAUGGGCACCACGUAUCCCGAAUCAUUCCCAAAAUCCUUGUAAUUUUCCAAAUGCGCGGCCUGAAACAUCCUUCGAACCAAGGCCACCGUCACCAACAUCGUCAAUGAUGCUCGUUGAUCCAAGAGCCAGAUUCUGGUCGACGUCUAGUCCUCUUUCCUCUCGGAUAACGAGAAACGGUACGGAAAAUCGUAGGAACACGACUACUACGGUUACGACGGUUACUACAACAAAAUCGAUGACAGUGAUGCCUGAGACAACGACGAUAACUAUUACAACUCAGACGAGAGAAACUAAAAAUGUCGAGGCAGCUGUCAAUCCUAAUGUUCAAUUUCCUAAUUUGGAUCUAACGGAAUCAAGCUCACAAAGAAAUGGAGUUAUAAGAAAUCGGACGAGUUCUAUUUUAUCGAACGACCAUUACGAAGAGACAACUACUGGACCUAGCACUGGUGUAUUUAGGGUACCCGGACCUCAUGACGUGCCGCGACACUCGCGAAAAAAUUAUGAAAGAAAUAGUUUCGAGGCACGUAACGAACGUAAUAGCUUAUCGAACUUAGGACAAUAUAACAGGAACGAACAACAAAUUAUAAGUCAAGUGAUCGUACCAAACGCAAAACCGAGAAUUGGUCAGCCCGGUUGGCGUGGUGUAUCGAAAACCUGUGAUUGCAUAGAAAAGGGAAAAACUAGUCCAGUUUUGCGAUUGGUAGAUCAGGCCAGGGCCGUAUCCUCUCCCGAUCCUCUCCAUAGGCCUGAUAAUCCUAGAGCAUCCCUACGCUCCGCGACGACGGCUCAAACCCUCAGGGGUAUCGGCGGAGGUCACCGGAAGUUGCUGGACGGGGCGGGGGGCAAGCUGGCUACGGUCGCCACCAGCCCAGCGGACUCCGAGGAGUCCUCCUUAGGGGUACCGGAAGUCGCUCAACCAAGCUCGCAGCACCGAAACAGCAUAACCCCACCAAACCCUUCAGGAGGUUCUGGUCUAAGUGAAACUGGAUCAUUGGAUCGUGCAAAGGCUGCAUUGGAACGGCGGAAAAAGGCCGAAGAUGGUACAGGAAAUCCUAGCUUAUGCAGGAUCGAAGUUACCAGACCUAAUCCAGAUUCAUUGAUCGAUGAAUUAAUUAAAGCGACGAAUUUGGAACAAACGGAUCUCGAAAGUUCCGAGACAACCGGUUUGCAGUUGUUCAUCGCAAAGGAUGGAACAACAGCGUUGGGUAGUCACGAGGUAAAGAGCCAGAUGCCUGCGGGUGUGUUCAAGCAGGUGGUGAUGGAAGAAAACAAUAGGUAACACCAAGCCAUCACGUCAAGGCGGCAAUACGCUAGACAGGCCAGCACAACGUUCUCAUUGGCCUUGGUGCCUGAACUCAUCUACGAGGCUUACGAGCCACGGUAGUCAUGAUGGAGAACGACUUGUUUGUUGGGUCGAAUAUAAGAAGAAGAAAAAAGAAGGAGA